UCCAUUUUUCAGUAAAAGAGACAGAGAGAUUGGAUGUUAAUACUUCCAUAUUUCAGUUUCCCUUAUGAGACACUUUCCACUGGAAAAUUUACAAAACGUAUUGGAAAAGACAACCCACGAGCAAGUGACUUUCAUUUCAUAUGUCGUUCAUAUCGUUCAAUUUCCACGCCUAUAUGCAAGGUCAACCGUAACCCAACGAAAGGCACACACGCAUUCAAGCCCUACUCCUUUCAAACCAUAUUUAAGCGCUCAUAUUCCACCCAAAUGCCAACAGUCGAUCGCCAGCCAUCGCUCAAUCUACAUUCACCAAACCAACAAGCCAAAGAACUUCCCAAAAUGAUGAAGAUCACUAUUGCCGCCCUCGCCCUUCUGGCUGUGGCCGUUGCCGCUUACGAGCAUGAGGACUACCAUUCGCAUCCUAGCUACAAGUUCGAAUAUGGAGUGAAGGAUCCCCACACCGGUGACCACAAGAGCCAGUGGGAACAUCGGGACGGAGAUGUCGUCAAGGGAGCCUACACCCUGCACGAGGCCGAUGGAACUGAGCGUGUAGUGGAGUACUCGUCCGACAAGCACAACGGCUUCCAGGCUCAUGUGAAGCGUGUGGGUCAUGCUCAUCACCCGGAAGUCUACGGACACCAUGAGGGUGGACACUCGUACGGUGGACACGGUCAUGGACACGCGAGCAGCUACGCAAAUGGCAACCUGUACCAGCAUCACCAUUAAGAUUCAGUUUUGAUCGUUGAAAUUCCGUUAUUGUGGAUUGAUGAUGAAUAAAUGUGUUUUUGAUAUUUAA